ACCGGACCACUUCCACCACAACAUGGAGGAGGAACCCUGCAGACUGUCAACAACAUUGCAACAGAGCUGACAGUAAGCAAACAUCGAGCAAACCCUGAAGCUACACAACAUCAUCGCUGACCUGUCCUGCAGACAGGCCGUUUCAAUGCAUCACAGAGGACCGAAAACACCGCGGCGAUCAUGGAUGUUUCCGAUCUGUUUAGUAGUUGCAAAAAGGGCGACAUUUUUAGAGUCAGAUACCUUGUUGAACAAAGAGAUGUGGACCUCAAUGUGAGAGAUAACUGGGACAGCAGCCCUUUGUAUUAUGCUUGUCUCUGUGGCCAUGAUGAGCUCGUCCAGUACCUGUUGGCUAGUGGUGCUAGGUGUGAGGCCAACACGUUUGAUGGCGAGAGGUGUUUGUACUGCUGUCUGAAUGACUCUGUUCGACGCCUGCUCAAAGACUAUAAGUGCAUCACUGUGCGCGCCAUGCAGCGGGAUGAUUAUAACUACUUCCUGCACAUGUUACUGGAGCAGGGUUUACAGAGCGAUGUCAAGUUCCUGGUUCAUGGACAAAUAUUUACAGCCCACCGAUGUGUUCUCAGUGCACGCUCAGAGUACUUCACUGAUAUGUUUGAGACCAAAUGGAAAGGGAAGAACCUGAUCACACUCAAACACCCGUUGGUGAACCCUGCUGCCUUUGGAGCCAUCCUGCAGUAUUCCUACACUGGACGAAUGGAUAUCGAUAUAAGCCUCGUGGAGGACUGCACACGACUAGCUAAACAGUGUAAAAUGGAAGACUUUAUCGAGGAAAUGGAGAAUAAAUGCAAACAGUUGUAUGAAUUUGUGUUCAACAAGCCAGGAAUCUGUGUUAAGGUUCUCAGCCUGGAGCCUCACAUCUCUCAACUUCAAGAGGAGAUGGCUCAGUUAGCUGACUGUGCACUUCCCACUGAUCUAAGAGUUGGAUUUGGUGAACUUCCCUUUAACGGAGUCGACCGCUUCCCUACCUAUCCUGACAUCUGCUUCAGAGUCGAUGGUUUUGACUUUCUAUGUCAUAAGGCGUUUUUCUGCGGACGUAGUGAUUAUUUUAAAGCCUUGCUGGAGGACCACUUCAGUGAGGGAGGGCAGCUGCAGUCCCAGCCCAGCACUCCAGUGAUUACUUUACACAAUAUUUCCCAUGAAAUAUUCAUCCACGUCAUGUAUUACAUCUACACUGAUAACACAGAGUUAAUUACAGAGGAUGUUUUUGAUGUGCUGUGCGUGGCCGACAUGUACCUGCUGCCGGGGCUGAAGCGUCUUUGUGGGAAGACUCUUGCUAAGACUAUUUGUGAGGACAACGUUCUGUACAUGUGGAAGAUGGCAAAGCUCUUCCGUCUCUCUCGGCUUGAAGAUCAGUGCACCGAGUUCAUGGCCAAAAUCAUUGAGCGGCUGGUGGAGCAGGACGAGUUUGCAGAGCUCAUCAAAGAGGAUGCUGCGUCGUUGGAGGAGCGACAAGAGACCGACUCCAUCCCCGUUGUGGACGAAAUCCGUUUCCACAUCACCAGCAAUGUGCAGACUUACAGCGCAAUCGAGGAGGCCAAUCAGAAACUGGAAGCCUUGGAGGAGCUGCUUACCAGCAUCAAUAUUGAAUGUUGAGAUGUUCUAGUUUGUGGCUGCCGCAGAGCUGGAAGUUUGGUUUUUUGCAAGGUGGAUACUUUGCAUAUGGUGGUGCAAACAUCUGUAGAAAGAAAGAUCUCUUUGAGUUUUUAAGUUUCAUUUUAUUUACAGUAUAUUGAACAGAAUAUAUAUUUUCAAAGGAUGUUUUGCUGCGUAUUCAGCUAUAGCUAAAAUUAUUCAUUGAGUGAGAUAUAUCAAAAGAUACAGUACUUGGUGUAAAGUAGCAAGUUCUGCAAGAUAAGUUUUGUGUACAAUAUAUUUACACACAAAUAUCUUUCAAUUACCAAUGCAUGGAUUCAGAAGGUGCUACAAUUUAGAUGAGAUGGUUAUUUUAGUUAUUUUAAAAUGUACUUUGACCCCAGCAAAGUUCAGAGCCAGCACUUAUGAAGAACUUUAUGAAAUGUUAUGUUUGUUCACUUCAUACAUCCAGAAAUGUUUUUAAACUCUCAAUCUUCAUUUUAAGUUGAAAAUAUAGUGGUAUGAUGUAUUUCACGUGCUAAAGAAUGACAACUUUUAUUUUGAAUUUCACAGCACUAUUCAACUAGUAACAAUACUCCAGUGUGACACUUAUUCCUACAUUUAUUGCCCAUAUUCCUGCACUUUGUUUAAGCCUUAAUUUGAAAGAAAAUUCCCCCUGCUGCUUGUAUGACAGCAAGCCUCCCUCUCCCAGUGUGUGCUCAAGAAAGACAUUCUGAAGCUAAACUGUUUGCAUGUAAAAUCCACCAUCAGCAUAGAGAGGUUUUAAGGGUUUGUUUAAAAAAAAUCGUAAUAUCCACUACUAAGUCACUAUGCUUUUAUAUAAAAUGGAUAAAUAACUGCUCUUGGGUUUGGCAAUUAAAGGUAGCAUUGCAGAAACCA